AUCCCAUAAUCAAUGUUCUGACAAAAGAAGGCAUGCAUUCUAAACAUCUUCUUCACAACCCUGUCUAUCUAUGACUCCACUUCCAAAGAACUAUGCACCUGCACCCCUAGCUUUCUUCAAUUGGCAACACACCCCAGGCCUUACAGUUAACAGUAUAAUUCCUGCCCUGGUUUGCCUUAUCAAGAUACAACACCUCACAUGUUUUAAAAAAUUAAACUCAAUUUGCCACCCCUCGAUCCUGGAGUCUACUGACUUCUCUACAUCAGUUUCACUUCUUCUGACACCAGGGACUUUACCAUCAUUCACUGCUUAGGAACCCAGACACAAAGACAGCACUGACACAUGCAACUCAAACUAGGCUGUCAGUUUACAGGGGACAAAGUGUUUUGGACAUAGCCUUGGGACUUGACUUGGUUUCCAGUACAAUAUGAACUCUAAGCAACAUCACAAAAAAAAUGUCUGGUCUUCAGCAAUUUGGGAAUGGUGGGAACUUGCUCUUAACAAAAUGUUUGUGACAUUACAAGAGUCGCUUCAUUCUCAAAGCACUGAACUAGAGGAGAUGCUGCUUUCCAACAGCUUAAUUUGUGGUUGAUGAUGAUUUAUAAAUGUAAGUCUUUUCUUCUGACUUCAGGAAAGGUUCUGCUUCCUUUGAAUGGCAAUUAUAAACACAUUGAUGGAGAAAUAUCCCAGACCACAGUGACAUCGACCAAUAUGUCGUGUACAACAUUCUAACUGUAGGAUCCGGAGUGUUUCAGUGAAGAGGAAGACACCAGGCUGACAGAAGGAUUUCACUGUAUGACAGCAGAGAAUACAAAGAGGAUAGACCCUGGCCAUCACCCAAAGAAGAACUGCACAACUGUGGGAAGACAUCUCGUCCCUUCACAGCACUGCUGAACACGGACGCUUGCUCAGUGAAUUGUUCUUGCUCAGGAGAGUUGACAUAGCAACAGAUCUGAAAGUGAUCAGUACUGAGCCUUCCAUCAAAACCAAAGUUUGCCAAUGAGUGAUCAGUCAGAUUGAGCUGGGAAGAAGUAUGAGUGACUCCAAGUGUGGGAAGACUUCACACUUCAAUCAUUCAUUGAGCUUCAUGAAUCACUGAUUCUUUCCUACAGGUGAGAGGCAGUUCAUGUGUGUAAGCAAGUAAGCUGUCAACAAGGUGCACCUGUUGAAAAUCUGUUAAAACAAAAUGAGUUAGAUGAUAGAGAAACCGUUCAACAGUGCGUGAGUUUUUGUAAAGUCACCUACGUUCAUGAAUCAUUGAUACAUUCAUUCUUGGGAGAAAUGGUUCAAAUUUGUAGUGUAUAAACUUGAUUUCUGAAGGUCAUCAUAUCUGAUAAAUAACCAACACAUUCUCAUGGGAAAAAGAGCAUUCACAUGCGAUGUGUGUGACAAAUCAUUCUCAUCGUCAUCAACCCUCCUCAUGCACCAACACAUUCAUACAGGGGAGAAGCCAUUCGUAUGCAGUCAGUGUGGUAAAUCAUUCUCCCAGUCAUCAAAACUCCUUGACCACCAACGUGUCCACACGGGGGAGAAACCAUUCCAGUGUAAAGUGUGUGACAAAUCAUUCUCACAGUUACGAUACCUUCGCAUACACCAAUGUGUCCACACGGGAGUGAAACCCUUUCAUUGUGAAGUGUGCGACAAAUCCUUCUCACAGUCAGGAUACCUACGAGUACAUCAACGCAUCCACACAGGAGAGAAACCAUUUCGAUGCAUGGUGUGUGACAAAUCAUUCUCGCAGUCAGGAUACCUGCAUACACACCAACGUGUCCAUACAGGAGAGAAACCUUUCUAUUGUGAAGUGUGUGACAAAUCCUUCUCACAGGCAGGAUACCUCCGCAUACACAGACGUAUUCAUGCAGGAGAUAAAUUGUUUAAAUGUGACGUUUGUGACAAGUCAUUCCCCACUUCAUUAAGACUCCUAUUCCAUCAGAGGAUUCACACUGGGGAGAAACCAUUCAAAUGUGACCUAUGUGACAAGUCAUUCUCACAGUCAGGAAAUCUCCAAUUACAUCGACGUGUUCACACAGGGGAGAAACCAUUCAACUGUGAAGUAUGUGACAAGUCUUUCUCACAUUCAGGAUCCCUGACCCUACACCAGCGUGUACACACAGGGGAGAAACCAUUCAGCUGUGAACUGUGUGACAAAUCUUUCUCCUGGUCAGGAUCCCUCCGCAUACACCGACGUAUGCACACAGGAGAGAAACCCUUUAAGUGUGAAGUGUGUGACAAAUCAUUUGCGCGAGCAGUAUUCCUCCGUACACACCAACGUGUGCACACAGGAGAGAAACCCUUCCAUUGUGAGGUGUGUGACAAAUCAUUCACACAGGCAGGAUACCUGCACAUACACCAACGUAUUCACACAGGAGAGAAAUUGUUUAAGUGUGAGGUGUGUGACAAAUCAUUCCCCACGUCAUCAGGACUCCUGUUCCAUCAGAGGAUUCAUACUGGAGAAAAACCGUUCCGAUGUGAAGUGUGUGACAAAUCAUUCUCAUCAUCAUCAAACCUCCGCAUUCAUGAACGCGUCCACACAGGAGAGAAACCUUUCCAGUGUGAGGUGUGUGACAAAUCAUUCACACAGGCAGGAUACCUCCGUACACACCAACGUAUUCACACAGGAGAGAAGUUGUUUAAGUGUGAGGUGUGUGACAAAUCAUUCCCCACUUCACAAAGACUCCUGAUCCAUCAGAGGGUUCACACAGGAGAAAAACCAUUCAGGUGUGAGGUGUGUGACAAAUCGUUCACACAGUCAGGGAACCUUCGCACACACCAACGAGUACACACAGGAGAGAACUUGUUGAAGUGUUAGUUGCAUGACAAAUCAUUCCCUAACUCUUGGAGACUGUUGCUCCAUCAGAGAAUUCAUACUUAAGAGAAACUAUUCAUUUAUUAGUUGUGUCACAACUCAUUCUUGAAGUCAUUGAGUCUAUACAGACAUCAAUUUAUUCACAUAGGGAAGAUCAUUCAUGUAUGAUAUGUGUAUCAAAUCAUUUUUGAAUUUAUCAACUCUUCACAGCCAUCAAAGCAUUCACACGGAGGUUAAAUUCUCAAAUUAUUGGAGCUUCUUGCUUUAUCAGAGGGUCCACACAGGGGAGUAAUGUAUUUGUGAUGAACCUUUCGUGAUGUCUUCAAAUAUCUGGGAGUCCACAGGAUUCAAACUUCGGAGAAAUUAUUGAGUCCAAUGUUUGUGACUGUCUUUGUAUAGUCUGUGUAUCUCCUGGUCCAUCAACACACUCAUAGGGAGGUAACCUGGUCAAAGUAUGUUCUGUAAUAAAGUCUCCACACAAUUGUCAGAUCUCCUGGAUCUUUGGAUUUCCUGGGACAUCAGUGAAGCAACAUGGUAUACCUCCCAGUGCGUCAUGUGUCAGGAUUGUAUCACCACUUUCUCCUCUCUCACCAGACAUUUAUGUCUCCACACAGACUUGGAGCGGAGUCAGCUGCUUGAGUUGCACUGAAAGUUGACUGUGUGGUUUACUCUCCAGUCCUCACACAGGAGAGCUGUUGUUCCAAAGCACUGUCUGUCUCAAACCUCUCCAUCAUCUGUCCAUUCAAGAAGUUCAAUUUAACCUUUGACCUGAUCACCAAAGAAGGCCCCUGCAGAGGAUUACUUCAAGUGUAAAAUUUGAAAUAAGUUCAAUGUGAAGAAUGUUCAGUGGGAUUGGUAUACAGAACAAAAAGCAGCGUACACUCCCAUAAAAACAACGUGUGAAUGACAAUACCAAUGCUGAAGGGUUAUGAAAUCAAUUGUUAUAUUUUGUGAGUUUUAAAACAAAUAAUUUUACUUAUACUGCUCACUUGUCUGAAAUUGAAUGUGGUUUUACUCAUCCCAUUUUGUUAAUUGUGGGAGCCCAUUUCCUCCAGUUCCU